AUGCAGAAAGAUUGGGUCCAUGAGUACUUUACCGGGCUAUACCGCGGCGGCGGCUUGCCGCUGGAUGGCGCCGACGCCGUGGAGCCAGACCAGUCUCUAACUGCUAGUGAGAUGGCGUUCCUCACGGAUCCCUUCACAGAGCGAGAGGUCGAACGUCGCAUCCGACAGGUAGUUCCCGCGUCCUGGAAGAACUCCAACACCAUGUUAGUGUACAAGAAGGGCGACCAGAAUGAUCUGGAAAAUUGGCGCUCUCUCGCUAUGGGUGAUACUACGCCCAAUCUCUUUGCCGCGGUCGUAGCCGAUCGACUGACGGACUGGGCGAUAGAUUAUAAGAAGCUUUGUUCCGUCCAAAAAGGCUUCCUGCAGGACGAGGGGUCCUACAAGCACAACUUCGUCCUGCAGGAAAUCCUGAUACAGAUGCGAGGCGCUCUCGACGUGAAUUGA